CGUUUGCGUCUCCAUGGUCCGGAAGUCCCGCCCUUUUUGAAGCAGAGGGCGACGGAAGACUGAGGGAAGCGGCGCAAAGGAGAGCAGAGGAUCCAGGCCUCAUGUCGCAGUCUGUAAAUCUGGAAGAGGACACGCAGGCCCUGGUGCGUCAUUUCUAUGCCUUGCAAAGGGAGCGUGUGGAAGCUUAUCACCUUUUCGAAGAGGGCUUCCAAGCAUAUCUCAGAAACGGACCAGAUUAUGACUUUCCCCGAUAUCGCCAGCUGGUACAUGAGAUCACAUUGGCUUUCAGUGGCAUCUCGCGGGAGAUCUUGCAGAUCAAGGAGCAACUAGAGGGAUCCCAUGGACGCCCGGAUCUUGCCCAGCACCUGGGACGUAUCCAGGAGAAGGAGAAGGAGAAACUUCAGCUGACUGCACAGAUUCAACUUGCCAGGCAAAAUGUUCAGGAUCACCCUGAAGUGGAAGCACAUGCUCAAGAGGUUCGGGAGCUGAAACACAAGCUAAUUCAAACCAUCGAGGCAAUCAGCGAAACGCUCCAGGAUUUCAAGUACGAUUCCGAAGAAACCGGUUGACUGGACGUCCCGUGGGGGGAAAAGGCUUGAAGGAAGAUGGAGAUUUGCAAGUGGGGGGUAAGGCAGUUUGUGGGGUGGGGAUGAGAGCGGCGAGGUUUGAUUCUCCCCUUGCCCCAUCCUUGCUUCUUUUCCUCUUGCCUUGGCCCUGCCACGCACACAGGCCAGAUGCCAAGGUGAGGGGCCCUGACUACCUGGCUAUAGGCCCACCAAAGAGACAGACAGCCCCCACCCCAUGAGACAAUUCCAGUAAAAGAUUUCUCCCCACCAGGUCUAGCUUGUGGGUUAGAAGCAGUAAUGAGGGAAAUGGUUUCCUUUUACCCCAUUCUGGAAUAUAGAUUGUUUCCCUUAUCCAGAAUUCUGGAAUACUCCAAAAGCCAUAACAUUUUUCACUGAGACAGCGACACAUUUGCCUUUGGAUGGUUCAGUGUACACAAACUUUGUUUCAUGCACAAAAUUCUUUAAAUUGUAUAAAAUAAAAUUGCCUCCAGGCUUCAGGGGGCAUAUGGAACAUAAA